AUGUCCACUUCUCCGUCCCGUCUGCCUUUGCGUCAGAACAAUAGAGUUAUUCUGGCCUCUACGGGUCUUUGCAAGCUACAACUUUCCCCAAAAAGACAGCCUCAGGAAGCUACUACUAGAUAUGGCCAAAAACUGCCAAAACUGCCAAAAACAAAGCUGAAACCGCUUCUUCAGGUGGAAGCUGCACAGCCAGAGCCAACCAAAAACGAGCUUCUUUCGAAGUUGGCUCAAAAACAGGCUAAGCUUACGGAACUCGAGAAUCAAGCGGAGCUUGUGCGUUUUGAGCUACUAGAAAUUCAGGCCCAGCUCAAGGAGACUUAUGAGCCCAAAGAUAGCGCAUUGAAUGGCCUUUCUAGGAAAGUUUCCACGAUAUUUCUGGCUCCACAAGCUCCACAACUUCGAAAGACAGCAUCAAAAGUGUUCAAUACGGAAACCACCAUGUUGAAGCAAAAAGCCUCUCAGAUAUUCAACAAUAAUCGCUUUUUUGAUGAUGUCAAGAGGAAAAUGGACAAGCAACAGGCAGAUUUCGAGGAGUUGACAAAAAAGGGACAAGAUUUCGCUAGGAACUUUUUGGGGAUGGCAAAACCAAAAGAAAAUUCGACAAAUGCCGCCGAUUCGUCGUUUGUGCUUGACAAUUUGGAUACUGAACAGAAAACCAUGGAGAAAUCGAUUCUUUUGAGCGAAGAAGACCUGUUGAUAGACAUAGACGACUACGACUCGGAUUAUUCGAGGUGA